AUGGCGAAUCGUCUACCAUCAUCAUCUAUUCUCAUCCUAAUUUCAUGCAUUGUUUUAUCUCACAUUACAUUAUCAACUCAAGCCUAUGAUUACUACAACACCCCAAAACCCAUCUCAAAAAAUGUCCCCAAAAUUAGUACUACUAAGAUCCCCAUGAACUUAAUCGACUCAUGCUGGCGCGCCAAGUCGAAUUGGGCAACUAACCGCCGAGACUUGGUCAACUGCGCCGUCGGUUUCGGCCGAAACGCCAUAGGAGGAAAAUAUGGGAAAACAUACACCGUCACCAGCUCAUCCGACGAUGCCACGAAUCCCAAACCAGGGACACUUCGAUACGGAGUAAUUCAAGAGGAGCCGCUGUGGAUCGUUUUCGCUAAGGACAUGGUUAUCACUUUAAAGAACGAGCUCAUUAUGAAUAACUACAAGACCAUUGAUGGGAGAGGAGCAAAAGUGGAGAUAGCGUACGGAACAUGCAUUACGAUACAAGGAGUUAGCCAUGUUAUUAUACAUGGGAUUAGUAUCCAUGACUGUAAGCCUGGAAAAUAUGGCCUGGUUAGGAGCACUCCCACCCACGUUGGCUACCGUCUAGGAGCCGAUGGAGACGCCAUUAGUGUGUUUCAAGCUACAAAUAUUUGGAUUGACCAUUGCUUUCUGUCACGUAGUAGUGAUGGCCUCAUUGAUGUCAUCUACGGUUCAAAUGCUAUCACUAUCUCCAACAACUACUUUACUCAGCAUGAUAAAGUGAUGCUGCUUGGACAUAACGACGCAUUUACAGCAGAUAAAGCCAUGAAAGUCACAAUAGUGUUUAACCGUUUUGGGCCUGGACUUACUGAACGAAUGCCAAGGGUGAGAUUUGGGUAUGCCCACGUGGCAAACAAUAGAUACGAUGAAUGGAAAAUGUACGCAGUAGGUGGUAGUGCUAAUCCCACCAUCUUCAGCGAAGGGAAUUACUAUGUGGCUUCUACUACAAGCCUUUACGCCAAUCAGGUGACAAAGAGAGAGCCCCAAAGCGGUUGGAAAAAUUGGAAAUGGAGGUCCUCAAAGGAUGUAUUCAAGAAUGGUGCUUAUUUUGUCCAAUCUGGUUGGGGAAGCUGUAAUCCUUAUUACACUCCAACUCAGUCAUUUAAAGUUGCUCAAGGGGCCAUGGUCCCUGCUUUGACUGCCUUUGCAGGCCCUCUGCGUUGUGUUGUUGGUAAACCAUGCUAA